ACAUUGAAAGAAUUCAUAGAUCGUCGUUUUGGCUAUUCCAUCUCAUAUAAGAAAAUUUGGUUAGGAAAACAGAAGGCAAUCGCCCAAGUAUUCGGCGAUUGGGAGAAGUCUUAUCAGACGUUACCUAGGUGGAUGGAAGCAAUGUGCACUUAUAAUCCUGGUACUGUCGUCAAGUGGAGGUGGAACCCUAUACCAGGCAGCGAUCAGACCGUAACAUUUGUAUCAGUCUUUUGGGCGUUCGCAGCAUCUAUUCAGGGUUUUCCCCACUGUCCUCCUGUGAUAUGUAUAGAUGGGACACACUUGUACGGUAAGUACAAGGGAAAACUCUUUAUUGCGACGUGCCCGGAUGCAAAUAGGCAAAUAUUUCCCCUUGCAUUCGCUAUUGUGCAAGAGGAAAGUUUGGACACAUGGAAUUGGUUUCUGUGUUGUCUUCGUUCCAUUACCGAUAGGAACGACAUUUGCCUUAUAUCAGAUAGGCAUCCAGGGAUCAUCGCUGCAGUGUCUCACAAUCCCGAUUGGCAGCCACCGCGUGCGCACCACCGAUUCUGCCUUCGACACAUUGUAAGCAACUUCAGCACGAAAGUGCAUAGUGUCAAUCUGAAGUGAAUGGCUGAGUGCGCGGGAAGGGAGCAUCAGGUCAGAAAGUUUAACAUGUGGAUGGAGAAAAUCUUCGACGAGGGUGGGGAACCUGCGAAGACGUUCUUUGAUCAAAUCGCUCCUCAUAUGUGGAUUCAGUGCCACGACGGGGGCGGAAGGUAUGGGAAUAUGACGACAAACCUUGUCGAAUGUUUCAACGCCGUCCUUAAGGGCGCUCGUAGCCUCCCAAUCAUUGCCCUUGUGCAACUGACAUUUUAUCGCGUUGCACAUUAUUUCAAUAGCCGACGUGAGGCUUCUCGUAAUGCAAUAUCAGGAGGAAAUGCAUUAACUCCUCAUAUAUUGCUUGCGAUGGAAAGAAGGAAGUUGAAGGCGACCGGACAUCGCGUGACGACGUUCAACUGGUCUAGAGGUACUUUUAGCAUCACAACUGAGCAGUUGGGACCUCAUAAAGGAAACAACGUGCAAACGCUGCGCAUUCAGGAUUUGCACGGCUACUCGUGUGGGAAGUGGCAAGCUUUACACUUUCCAUGCUCCCACCUUCUCGUUGCAUGUGCGGAGACACGACUCAACGCCAUGCAGUACGUUGAGCCUUGUUGGAGCACCGCCGAAUAUUAUGCGACAUAUGCGGCGGAUUUUCAACUGAUUAUGCACGAGGCGUACUGGACAGCAUCCUUGUUGCCGACUAUAUAGGAAAAUCCAGCAUAUGCUCGACAUAAAGGUCGCCCAAGGAGCUCUCGUAUACACAAUGAGAUGGACGCUAGGGAAGGUAGGAAAAGGAGCACGUGCAGUAUAUGUCAUCAAGAAGGGCAUAAUCGCACAAGGUGUUCGAGAAGGACCCACUCGGGCGAUGCAGCGAGACCGUCUCGUUGAUGUCGUAUGCAGUUUUAUACUAUUUCACACCAUUUUUUUUUUGUAUAUACCUAUUCUGAUGCAACGAUGCAUUUCCAGGAUUGAUCCAGGGCCGUCUGAUUCGAGGGUCUUGACGAUGGGCGAUCAUCACAGGGCCAGCCGAGCGUGGGCUGAUGGGCAUACGGAGCCCCUGUGCUGCCGAGGGGGCACACAGUUUGCCGAGCGUUGGUUAGAGGCAGACCCCCGCAUUGUCCAGCUGAUACGCGAUGCGGGGUUUUAUGGCAUUUAUCGGAUUGCUUAUAUCCAGCUUGAUUGGCAUCUUGUCACAUCAUUGGUAGAGCGAUGGAGACCCAAGAUGCACACGUUCAACCUACCUCAUAGCGAGGCCACCGUCACAUUACAGGACGUAGCUGUUUUGUUCGAGUUGCCGAUUGAUGGGCGAGCUGUCACUGGUCGCACGGCCGGACCAGUGGAGGGACCUACAGACCGUCAGGGUCGACUCGCCCUGCGUACUAUGCGCGAGCGUUUGUUAGGCGUCGUUCCGCCUGACAUCGAGUUGGUUGGUGCACGCAUCUGUAUGCGGUUCCUUGAGGGGGAUGCGUUUCAUGAGCUCCCGGCACAUGCAGAUGUUCAGACGAUAGCAUGCCACGCACGAGCCCACUUGUUGCGUUUGAUUUGUGGGGUGAUGUUCUUGGAUGUUUCCGAUAGUUAUGCGCAUCUUAUGUUCCUUCCACUUCUUGAGGACUUCGGAGCGUGUUACUCGUACAGUUGGGGGUCUGCCACUUUGGCGUGGUUGUACAGGGAGAUGUGUCGCGCCGCGCACCACUCGAAGACACAAAUUGUGGGCCCCCUUCGCUUACUCCAGGUUUGGGUUUGGGAGAGAUUUCCUUCAUUCGCGCCUACGCGGCGAGGUUUCCUGCAGAUUGAGAGGGGCCAGGACGGUCGUCCGGUUGAUCCUCUCCCACUUGCAUAUCGAUGGAGGGAUGACUUGAGGGCAUCGAUGGUUGCGCUUCACACAUUGCCCUGGUAUAGGUUCGAGUUGGACAUGCACCGGGAGCAUGAGUUUAUAUGGAUGCCCUACACGGAUGAGAUUUUAGCCGACAUGCCGCCUGCCUAUGCAGACAGGAGGGACCUGUGGGUAGCGCGAGUGCCACUCAUAUACUUUCAUAUUAUUGAGUGGUAUCUCCCCGAUCGAGUCAUGCGACAGUUCGGGUUUCGACAGGUCAUUCUCGCCCCAUUUAUGACUUCGGGGGUAGAUAUUAUUGGGAACGAUCUCCACGGCAUGGAUGGGCGCGGUCGAGGGGUCACAGACUGGUCGAGUACACACGCGAUAUUCGUCACUGCGUGGGAGCAUCGACGAGACUACAUUGUACGAGGAGUGGCGGAGCACAGUCCGAUGCGUCUAGAUGACCCAUACUUCACUUGGUAUAGGUUUAUCACACGCCGCUUCGUCGAUAGGACCGCAGCUGUAUAUUUGAGCCUCGCUGACAUAGUCAUUGAGGCAGACCAGAUCUCAUAGGAUUUUGCGAUCCACCGAUUGAUGAGUACUGCACUGGACCUCGUCCACGAGGACGGUCGACGGAUCCCAGAACGAGGAGGUCGACCUGAUGUACCAGCACAAGGAGGUCGACCAGCUCCAGUACGAGGAGGACGACAUGCCUCCUCUAGUCAUCCAGGGACUCCCAUGUCCUCCCCACCAGUUGUACAAGCUGAGUACUUGUUCGGCCCGUCAGCACCUUAUGCGCCUUCCAUUGUAGCUCAUAUUGCCGGACCAUCGAGCAUACCGAUUGAUGCCCCAUCCGACUCUGCUGCUACCCCAUCCAUGUCAUUUUUAUUAGACGAUCUUUUCGAUGGGGUGGAGGUCGAUGCACCCCCUAGGCCGCCUCGUUCUCGUCUCUAGACAUCGUAUCAUUUAUCACCGUGUGCGCUCCGUAUGGCUGAUGAUGAUGAUGCAGCACCUCUUGGGGGAGAGGAUUCACAUCCAGCACGACGGGUCAGGACACCUGAUGAUGCUGACGAGCAGGGAGAGGGUAGAUGCAGACGGCAGCCACCACGACCCCGGAGACGACCUCGCUGCGGCACGGAGUAGUUUAGCAUUACUUUAAUUGCAUUUUAUUUGUAUGUAUAUCAUUGAUUGUUUUGAUUUCAUUUGUAUAUAAUUGAUUAUUUUUUUUAUUCUUUUCUAUAUAUCAUUUAAUAAUUCGUAUCUCUAAAGAAUUCAAUACUGCCAAAUCUAAAAAAUGACAUAUAA